GCUAAUUAACCACAUCGGCACGGCGGUGGAAGAAGCGUCUAUUUUUUCAAUCCCAACUAUUAAUAAAUAUCGAAAAGUACUUGAACAAAUAGGCAGCAGUUUCGAUUUACAUUUCAAUAACAAUGAGUGUGGAAGAGGAAGUUAUGAGAAUCCAAAAAAAAUUAAACAAGAUGACAUCGGAAGACGGAACUGGCCAAGAGCAAGCUUUGGAUUUACUAAAAGAAUUACAAAAAUUAGAUAUUAAUUUAGAGGUAUUGACUAACACCCGCAUAGGUAUGACUGUAAACGCUUUAAGAAAAUCAAGCAAAGAUGACGAAGUUAUAAGCCUCUCGAAAACGUUAAUAAAAAAUUGGAAGAAGUUUAUUUCUGGAACAAAUUCUAAUGAAAAAUCCUCCGGCAGUAGUUCCAAUAAACCAAAAAAGGACAAAGAUGAAAAGCCUAAUCGGGAAGAUAAAGAAAAAGUAAAAACCCUACCAAAACAGUUCCCACCUAGUUCAAAUACUACAGAUGCUGUAAGGAUAAAAUGUAGGGAAAUGUUAUCUAGUGCUAUCAAAACGGAUUCAAAAGCAGAAGAUUUUGAAGGUUGUGCAUCACCAGAGGAGCUAGCGGAAGAAUUGGAAGAAGCCAUAUUCUCCGAAUUCAAAAAUACAGAUAUGCGGUACAAAAACAGAGUACGAUCUAGAAUAGCAAAUCUGAAAGAUCCGAAAAAUCCAACGUUAAGGACGAAUUUCAGAAUUGGGGCAUUGCCCGCAUCUCGUUUGGCCGUUAUGACGGCGGAAGAAAUGGCAAAUGACGAGGUGAAAAAAUUAAGAGAGAAAUUCUCCAAAGAGGCUAUUAACGAUGCCCAAUUGGCAACAGCUCAAGGUACCAAAACGGACAUGCUUAAAUGCGGUAAAUGCAAGAAGAGGAAUUGCACAUACAAUCAAUUGCAGACGAGGUCUUCUGAUGAACCUAUGACAACGUUUGUUUUAUGCAAUGAAUGUGGCAACAGAUGGAAGUUCUGUUGAUUUAGAAAACUUAAUUUUAUUAUGUUUUGAUAAGUAAUUAAUUUCAGUUCAUUACGUAUUUUACUAUCAAUUGUGCAUAGUAUCUAAUAUAGUUAAUAAACAUUGAAUUUGAAAAAUAAUGGUGUUUGUUUAGAUAUUUUAGACACCAUUAUUGUAAUUUGUACAAUCGGUAACAUAACUUAAAUUAAGUUAUUUUCUAAAACUGAUAUUUAGCAAGUGGCGUAUUCAAAAGGUAUUUUACUCUUUGUAAUUGGUACAAGCAUGAGUAUGGACUUAAAUAAAAUACUUUGUUGUCACGUGCAUUAAUGUUUUUGUAAAAAAUAGUGUUUCAGAG